AUGGGAUCCACUCAAAAGAGAGAUUCUGAGCAUUUACAAGAUACAUUUUCUUCUGUUCACAAGAAGAGCAAGAAAAUUGUGGUAAAUAAUAAGGAUGAUGGAAAUAUUGAGGCAGAGGAUGACAAUGUAGGUGCACACGCAUUUAGUGAAACUAUUUUGAAAGUAUCUGAUAUUACACAAUUGGAGCACGCCGUUACAAAAUUAUUAGAAUCAUUUCAAACUAUUAUACAAUUGGCACCAAAUUUCAAAUGUUUCCAAGAGGAUUACAAACAGCUGGAAAAGAUACCUGUGUCCCUGUUACCAUCGUAUUCCAGAUAUCAACUAAAAUUGGCAAGUGAACUGAAAUCAUUGUACGAAUUAGAGAAGGUACCAAUUUUGAAUGAUUUAUAUAAUUAUGAGGAAAACUAUAACCAAGCAACUGGGACUAAGUCAUAUUUGAAAGAUCUGACAGAUAUCGAUAUUGAAAAGUUAUCGAACAAGUAUACAGUAAAAGAUCCUGAUGCUGAUAAAGCAUCUUUUCCCAACGAUGAUGAAGAGGACGAAAACAACGAAGCUGACGACAAGAAAUCUCAGAAGAAAUCGUCAUGGCCUCCAAAGAUUCCUGAAAUUAAAAAUCCUGCUAUCAGAGCUAAAGUAUUUACCCACAAAUCUAUUGUUAAGGAUAAAUUGUACCUAAAAGAAACUGAAAUGGUAAAUACUCACAAUGAAAGACUGGAAUUUUUGGGUGACUCCAUUUUAAACACCGUCAUUACCAUGAUUUUAUACAAUAAAUUUCCAACAUUUUCAGAAGGACAACUGUCUAGUUUAAGAAGACACUUGGUAAGCAAUGAAUGUAUUAAAAAAUGGAGUUAUCUAUAUGACUUACCAGGAAAUUUAAAGACAAAUUUAGAAACUGAACAAGAUAAAUUAAAUUUUCAUUACGGCCAUAAAAAAAUACAUGCUGAUGUAUUUGAAGCAUAUAUUGGUGGUUUAAUAGAGGAUGAUCCAAAGCAUAAUAUGCCAAAAGUUAGAAAAUGGUUAUCCAAAUUAGCUAAACCUAUAAUAGAUGAGCUAACAAAAAAAGAUAUCAGUUUGCAACAACCUGACAAUUUAAAUCUAAAUGCCAAGAAAGAGUUGUAUUCUUUAAUUGGGUAUGCAUCAUUGAAUCUUCAUUAUGAAACAACUAAAAAAGCUAGCUAUGAUAGUCCAAUUUGCAUAGUACAAUGUAUUACCGGCGAUGGUACAGUUCUAGGUACUGGUAAAGGUAGAAAUGCAAAAAUGGCUGGGAUUAAUGCUGCACAAAAUGUUUUGGAUAAUAGGGAAUUGGUAGAAGAAUAUGCAAAACGCAGAGCUGCUAUCCCAAGAGAAGAUUCUCGUAUUAAAGGCGCCAGAGGAGAUCAUAAAGAUAACCAAGAGAAAGAGAUAGAGAAACCUAAAAUAACGUUAACUGAAGACGGUGAAUUUAAAUUUGUGUUACAAUAA